UUCUUUCCCUCCGUAGUCCCGAGCGUGGCUACGUCCCGGUCACCGGAAGAAGCCGUGUGACGUCACGAGGGCCUACGCGUCGCGCGGGGGGCAGGAGUUGACGGACGGUCUCUGGCUCUGUUUGGGCGGCCCUGGGACCGCGGAAGAGGCUCUCUUGGGCGGCCGCGAUGCCUAGCUCGCGGCGGGUCAGUCAGCUUCUGGAUCUAUGCCUGUGGUGCUUCAUGAAGAACAUUUCCAGAUACAUCACAGACAUUAAGCCUUUGCCUCCCAACAUAAAAGAUAGACUGAUUAAAAUAAUGAGUGUCCAGGGGCAGAUAACAGAUUCAAAUAUAAGUGAGAUUUUACAUCCUGAAGUCCAAACUCUAGAUCUGCGAAGCUGUGAUAUUUCAGACACUGCUCUCCUGCACCUGCGCAACUGCAGAAAACUAAAGAAAUUAAAUUUAAGUUCCUCAAAAGAAAACAGAAUUUCCAUAACUUCAAAGGGAAUAAAAGCUGUGGCUUCCUCUUGUUCAUACCUGCAUGAAGCUUCUUUGAAAAGAUGCUGCAAUCUCACUGAUGAAGGAGUCCUUGCUCUUGCAUUCAACUGCCGGCUGCUAAAGAUCAUUGAUUUAGGUGGCUGUUUAGGUAUUACCGAUGUGUCCUUACAUGCAUUAGGAGAAAACUGCCCAUUUUUGCAGUGUGUUGAUUUUUCAGCUACUCAGGUAUCUGACGAUGGCGUGGUUGCGCUUGUUAAUGGAUCUUGUGCCAAGAAAUUAGAGGAGAUUCAUAUGGGACAUUGUGUGAAUCUGACUGAUGAGGCUGUAGAAGCUGUCCUCACUUGCUGUCCUCAGAUACGUAUAUUACUCUUCCAUGGAUGCCCCCUAAUAACAGAUCAUUCACGAGAAGUCCUGGAGCAAUUAGUAGGCCCCAACAAACUAAAGCAAGUGACGUGGACUGUUUACUAAUGCUUAUUAAAGCUUAUCAAAGCAAUGAUCAUACUACAUUCCCAGGAAACAAUGGUUUUAGAGAUUGGCUCUCCGAUAAUGUGCUUGUUGCUUUGAAGUUAACAGACCCUUAAACAUGUAAUAGUGCUAUUAUCCUGUUUGUUUGUGGAGUCAUUGUUUUUGACAUGGUAAGCCUAGCAUGCCCUCUGAUGUAUGGGGGGGAGGGGCGGGAGAGGAGUACUGUGUUUCUUAAAUAACAAAGUUUUAAAUUACCAGUUUUUCCUGGAGAUUUCCUUCUCCUACUCCUACCUACCUAUUUGAGCUGCCAUAAGUUAAAUUUACCAGUAUGAAUAACCAUUAGGAGAAAUCUUAGUGUCUCUAAAAGCAUAAUUACCUUCCUAGCUAUUUUCUGGGCCCUACCUUCCUUAAGUAUUUAAAUGCUCAUUGGCCAAAAGCAAAGCUGAACAUCAGGCCUGUAAAUCCUCACAGAAUUUAAUAUUUCAGUAAAACAAAGAAAUAGAAUAGUUUAAUAUCAUAAACCCAGGACAUCAUACACCUUAGCCAUUUAGCAUAUGAAUGUUACUGAGGCCCUUGCCCAGCCACUUACUUGAUUUUCAUGGCUACUUUUCCCAAAUACGUGCUAUUCAUCUAUGAAAUUUCCUCCUUAACAACUGCAUUCAGGAACGUGUAAGAAUGAGGAA